GCAGAACCUGAAAAUAAAACAGAUGUCUAAUGAAAACUUACUGAGUAAUUCUGAAGGAGCCCUGGAGUUGGCCAAAACAAAUCUGAGCACAACAAGAGAAGAACUUCAGAGACAGGAAAAAAAGAAAGACACUGCUACAACUGUGAGGGAUGUUGGACGGGGAGUGGCAUUAAUACCCAUAGUCGGAUGGGUUGUUGGUCCCGCCAUGAUAAUUGCUGGAGAAGUUGAAAUAGCCAAAGCUUCAAGUGCUAUUAAAGUGACUGAAAAGGAAGUGAAAGCAUCAAAGAAAGAAAAGAAAAAAUACAAAAGCAAAGUGUCAGACUACAAGUCCCAGAUUUCUAAGACUGAGCACAAAAUCAAUCAAAAACAUGAGAAGGCAGACCAGAUCCAUGAAGAGAUUGGAAAAGUGAAUCAGCAGAGAGACGCCAUCGCUGAGUUCCAGGAGAAAGUGAGAAGUGCCGUCCGUGUCCUGAGUGAACUGAGUGGGACAUCCAGCGUGGCUGAGAUUCAGACUCGAAGGUAUAUUCUCCAGGGGCCAGUGAUGAAGGUGAUGGAGGAUCUGAUGAAGGCAGCUGAUAAAAUUGCAGGGAACUGGCUUUGCUUACCUGACUCUGAAUAUGAGAAAAUGAAUGCAGGCAGGGUCCAUGUACCUUUUGUUCAUCGGCUUUUCAGUUUAUUUUCCAGCAAUAAAAAAUAAUGGAGAACAACCCUAUUUCCUAAUUUUGAAUCUCAAAUAGUAUUGAAUUUAAAAAACAGCCAAAUUAUUUCCGCAAUCAAAAAUGAUUCAUUUUGUGUACAUGGAAGAUCCCACAGAAACCAGACGUUACAGAAUGGCUCAGGUCUAUAAUUGAAACAGCUUUAAUGAAGUAUGAUGACUGGUGUAAAUAGUUUUUGGGGGAAAUUU